UCCACAUCAUAAACACAGGGCCAGUGAUCAGAACAACUGAGCAGAAGGAUAGCUUGGCUUAUUCAUCUCUCUCUCUCUCUUUUCAUCUGUUGUGCACAGUCCAUUACUUUGAAAAAAAUGACAGCCUUACCAGCUGUGAUGGUUGCUGCAAAUGGAUUGUCCUUGCAUUAAUAGAUUACAUAAAGGAUUUGUGAUUUUCAAAAAAGGCUGAAUAGAUUUAGCUGAAUAUAUUCUGCUGAAGUCCUUGACAGAGAUAUUGCAGUUUUUUAACCUGAAAAAAAACAUUGAGAAGUAAGAUUACAUUCUACUGAAACUCCUGGUAGGGUUGCCUGCAAAGUAUCAAGACGCUGAAGCUUGGUAACCACUGAAGUGUAAGAAGAAAAGGCAUUAAUUAGACACUCUUGAAACUGUUUAGUACAAGUCUGGUGGAAAAGACCUCAGUAAAACUACAGUCAUGGAGGAGAUGGACCUUCCACAGAUGAAGAAGGAGGUGGAGAGUUUAAAGCACCAGUUGGCAUUCAAAAGGGAGAUGGCAUCAGUUACCAUCACUGAGCUGGUAAAAUGGAUAGAAGAUGGAAUCCCGGAAGAUCCAUUUCUAAACCCAGAGUUAAUGAAAAACAAUCCAUGGGUAGAGAAAGGCAAAUGUAAUAUACUGUAAUAGCUUAUGUUACUGUAGUGAAUCAUUAAACUUGAAGUAGCAUCUUAUAUUUUAAUAAUGCUUCCUAACUGUAGAAUAUUUUCAUGAUCACUGGAGAGAUCCAAGUUACUUGGGCAUUGGCUUUGUCAACAGCACCUGUACUUUUUGUUUACAUGUGCACUUUUGGGAACUUUUAUUGUUACAGUUGCAUUUCUGAACACAAAGGCACAUAUGGCAAUAAGGAAAGGGUAAAACCUGGUAAAAAAAUGAAAACUGGUGCUUUGUUGUGUAAAACAGUAACUAGACUUUAGAAAUUGUUCACAAGAUGAUGUUCUUCAAACUAGAUGAUGUUCAAGAAAUGUAGGUUACAAAUUAAGCAAUAUAUAAGUGAUGAAUUGAUAAUGCUAUGUAAUAAAAUGGCAAUAUACAAAUGAUGCAUUGACAAUACUAUGUAAUAAAAUGGACCUUACCAUUUCUCUAGA